AUGGUCAAAGUUCACCAGGAGACCGUUGACACUUACCUGGCUAAUGUGUCCGGACUGGCGAUCGAGCUCACUGCAGACAAGUUUGCCCGCCUCUCGAUGGACGAGCUGGCCAAACAAGUUGACGAGGCAGCCAUUGCCGCUGGACUGCCUGACAGUUCGACGAGCCCUGAGGAGAUCUGUGCUGGCCUAGUGCACAACUGGCUGAUCCCUUAUGUUAACGCCGAACAUAACAAAGCCGAAGAUCAAAAACGCAAGCGUAAGCUCUUGUUUGCCGUACAUCAGGAAAUCUGGGCCUCUGCUAAUCAGGUCGUUAGUGAAGUAUCGUCUGGACAGAAUCAGCAAAAUUCUACUGAAGAUUCGAUUCCGGAGAAUGAGAAAGACUCUAGAACGAACGUGGAAACGAUGACGCAGAAAUCCGACUAA